AUGGCAAGUUUGAUGAUUCUUUUUCACUUUUUUGUACUACAAACUAAGUGAAUUUGCCAGAAGUAUAUCUCCUUUAUGUUCAAGCACGAAAUGCAGUUAAUUUUCGGCAUUUUUUUUUCUUGCAGAAUUUGAAGGAAAAGUGCCAGACCGAACUGAACGGGAGCUUGAAAAUUUGUGACAGUCAUCUCGGUCUGUCCUGAUCAGCCGGUCUACUAAAACGCCUACUUGAUUGGAUAAAAGGCCAAAACACGUGGAAGCCCGCUUGCCUGUUGUCUCAGAAUAUGUUCGUUUAGCAAAUGAUGGUGGUAAUCGAUAGGUGUUUUUCGUAAAUACAAAAAACUUUGUAUGCAACUCGUUGCAAAACUCGUUUUUUUUUCAGCACUCGUUGUAUUUAUCCAACUCGGCAAGCCUAGUUGGAUCAAUGUACAACUCGUGCUGAAAAAAUCAUCAUUUUGCAAUCUGUUGCAUAAAUAACUAUUUCCCCAUCAUCACUGUCAUCCUCACCAGUGCUUUAUGCGCACAGCUUUCUCGUUCUUUCGUUCCUUGUACUUACCAAUUUAUCACCAUUUGGAAACGAUUAGGCUGCCUAUACAAGUCCUGGAGAGAAAAAGGAACAGAACAAGAUGCAGCCAUACAAAAAAAGAACUAAGUCGUUAUCAAUUAUUGCGAACUGACGUCGGCUUCCGCGACUGCGUUCAUUCAGAACCGUUGUUGGGUGGAACUAUAAGGGGAUUUUUGUGACAUUUUCGUCAUUGCCAAACUAAAACUGGCCUUGUAGGGGACUGUGGGGUAAUACGCACUUAUUAAGGAAAGUGCGUCAAUAGUUUGUUUCAAAAGAUUAUUACAGCUUUUUUUUCUGAAGGUUGUUCUGCCCCAUCCAACAUGGGAUGCAUGUUGCUCCAAUCGAUACCAGAAAAUGAAAAUGUUAAAAAAUGGGAAUUACAUACUUGAUACGAUUAGUAUUGCCCUCAAUCAACAUAGUACAACCGCUGUUCAACAUUCAACAAACGACCGAUAAACUUACACCAAAAUCAAGCUGUUUGAUUUUAUUAAUUCAUCUCACAAAUUACCUGAUGCAUAUCUCUCAAUUCCACCAGGCCGUAUGCAAUGAGACAUAAUGUUCUAUUAGUAGACUGACAAAUAUUUAAAGCUCCAAAACCGAUAAUCCUUGAAGAAAAAAGAUGGGGAAGCGUUUCGCCCCAGAUGUCCCUAAUGUGCGCUACGAUCUUUCAUAUAGCAGCGUACUAAGAUUAACCCAAAUGAAUUUCUUAUUUCGAAUGUACGUAGUCGCAGCUGUUAUUGCGUUGUCGUUCGCCUCAAAAGCAGCAGAGACUGAUGCCUAGGGUGGACCACACUUGUUCGAUGUGGACAAAUACUGAAAUCGACACAUUCUAGAUUCAUUGUAAUAUUUUAGAGAUGCAGACAAAAUUAAACAUACUCGAUGGAAAUUCUCCGCGAUGAAGUUCAGAAGAAUGUUUGACGAGUUUCCAAUUCAAUUUCCUUAAAUAGGUAGGCUCUUCUAGAGUAUAUGAUAGCCCAGAAUGCCUGUCAAUGCGGUAUCUUCAGUUCUCGUUCAGCAUGUUGCAUAAACCGCGAAUGAAUGAAUGAAUUAAAAUCAAUCGUUAAUGCUCAGUUCAACGGAAAUCUCUUCAGGGAUACGUUUGCAAGCACGCAAUAUCCAUGAACGUAUCAUGAUUGUUUUAAACCAGCUUCAAAAACUCAAGCAAUCGAAACAUUCGGUUCCCUUACUGAAAGGAUCUCGCUUAGGACAUUUUUUGCAACUCGAUACGACAAUUUCAACGCAUGCCACUUCAAGUCCGAUUCCGCCGAAAUAUUGCACCACCCAAAUGUUUAUCUAAAGUUUUCAAUCACCACAAGCAUAUAAGAUGCGGUUGGGAUUGAUUCUUCCAGUCAAACAUUCAGUGCUACCAGUGAGAGUGACGUCGUUUGAGAUCUAAUUCAAAAUGAAAGGAAUCUUGAUACUGCUACUUUUCAUCGCUUCACUUGACGGAAUGAAGUCGUUCUCUGUGCAACCAAGUGAAUACCAGCAAAAUGGAGUUGUGGUUAGCAAUUUCCAUUGGCCCGCUGAUGCUGCUUCAGUGGGAAAGAUUCCAGAUGUUGAAACGUUACAUUUUAUAAACAUCGAGGUUGACAUACUCUCUCGAAAUUUUACCGAUCGAUUCCAAAGAUGCACUUCUAUCAGAUUUGAUGGCGGAAAGAUAAAUACAUUUCACAUAAGCCCUAAAUUAUCGCACAUUGAGUUAGAGAGCACAGAUACGGAAAAUGUAAUCAUUGAAAGUGCGAAGUACUACCAGCUGGAGAAAUUUGAGUGUCGUGACGCGCACUUGACACGUAUUCCAGAGAGCAUGAGUCAACUGAAAAAAAUGAAAUAUUUGAAUCUUAAUCAUAACUCAAUACAAACAGUUCAACUUGACCAGCUUAAUGGUUUGGACAAUUUGGAAAUUCUUAAUCUGCUUUUUAAUAAAAUAAAUCACAUUCACAAUCAUGGAUCGGUGAAUUUGCCAUCGCUCACUGAGUUACAUCUUGGAUAUAAUCAACUAAAACAUAUUGACGUUUGUAGUUGGAACAUGCCUAAGCUUUCCUAUCUCAAUGUAGUUAAUAAUAGGUUGACACAUUUCACAAUUAACAAUCUUCGCGGGCUUAAACAGGUUAACUUAGCUAGAAACCCACUGAACUGUGUAUGGAAGGAUAGUUUGCUAAGAAGCAGAACAGAUAUAAAAAUUGAACGAGAACUAACUUGCGACACAGAUAGCACGGGAAUCUUUGGAUUGGAUUGUCCGUCGUCGAUUGAUCAGUUACGAUUGCAAAAUUCCACUCUCGCUAAAGCCAAUUCGCAAACAGCCGAUCAUGUAAAGCAGCAGAUUUCCAAUUUCGACACCAGGUUAGCCCGUAUUGAAGAAACAGUAUUGAAAAACUACCAACAAUUUUCUGAACUGAGCAAUAGAGUGCAAAAAAAUGAAGCCGAAAUGAACAAAAGAUUACAAAAGAUGGAGCAAUUGCUGAUACAUUUUAGUAAAAAGGUCGUUGAACAACAAAAUGUUUCGAAUGAUAUUAUAGAGGCCAUUUAUAGAGCUGAAAUUGAGAGAAUACAUAAUAGCAAGAAAAAACCAUAAUCUUCGCGAAUAAUAAGUAUUCAUGUUAGGAUUGAAUUUCUAGGUUUGUCCUGACUACAUGUUGUAACAAAUCAUAAACUUUUUUCUAAAUAAACGAUCCACAAAAAAUCA